AUACAUUAAAGAGAGAUCAAUUCUAUCUUUCUCUUCAUAUUUUUACUCGUAUUCUUCGUCCACACAUUUCUUUCUCUCUCUCUCACUUAUCUUUUGUAACUUCUUUUUCUCCUUGCUUGGGUUUCUUCCAUAGAUGUCUUCUUCUUUGAAGCCAGAUCUUGAAGAGGUAUAUCAUAAAAUUCUAGAUCUUGUGUUCAUAUUGAAUCCUUAAGAGCUCCAUGAUGAAAUUUCGGAUCUUCAAUGUUGAAGUGUUGUUGCCAAGGGUGUUGCAGAAGCUACUCCCUUUCUCUUUUCCUUCCAUGUUUUAAUUUCAGUGUUGGGUGUAUUUUUUUUUACAGAAUUAUUUGUAUAAAGAAGGGACAAUUUUUCUUAAAAAAUAUUGGUGUGAUAUAAUUUACCCAGUAUGAUUCAUGUUUCUUGUGCGUAUGGGAUAGACCGGAUAGGGGAGAGGAGCUCAACCUGCAUUACUAUCACUCCGCAUUUUUGGUGUCUCACACUCUCACCCAUUCAAACUAUAUAAACAAUCAAAAACCAUUGCAUUAUUUACCUAACAUGCAAUUCACCCAACAUGAACUUAACAAUAACCCCUACAAACAUUCUCCUUCUCGAUCUUCUUCUUCUUCACCUCUCUUGCAUACUGUGUCCCAACAACGUUGCCUCGGACGACACCGUCCCGAUUCCUCCGAACAAGGACCAAGUCAACAGUUGGUUCAGGGCCAACGUCCUGCCCCUCGAGGCGCGAAACGACGGCCUCGACCCCGCCCUGGCCAGGGCCGAGGCCAACGCCACGCGCAUCAGGGUCAGCCGCCACGGAGGAGGGGACUUCGAGACCAUUUCCGGGGCGGUCGACAGCAUCCCGGCUGGAAACGCGCGGCGGGUGAUCGUUUCGGUCUCCGGCGGGACGUAUAGGGAGAGGGUGAAGAUCGAGAGGGAGAAGCCGUUCGUGACGCUGUACGGCGACCCUGAGAAUAGGCCAACCAUUGUUUUUGAUAGCACUGCGGCUAAGGAUGGGACUGUGUACAGUGCCACUCUGUACGUUUUAUCGGAUUACUUCAGUGCAGUUAAUAUUGACAUUGUGAACUCGGCUCCAAGACCCGAUGGAAAAUCGCAAGGGGCGCAGGCGGUGGCGGUGACCCAGAGCGGGGACAAGGCUUCGUACUAUAAUUGUAAGAUGAAAGGGUUCCAAGACACCUUUUGUGACAACUCAGGCAAACAUUUCUUCAAAGAUUGUUACAUUGAAGGAACCGUUGAUUUCAUAUUUGGCAAUGGCAAGUCUCUCUAUGUGAACACGGAACUGCACGUGAUCGAAGGCGAUAACAUGGCAGUGAUAACAGCACAAGCCAGACACACGAGCGCAGAGGACACUGGAUACUCUUUUGCACACUGCAAAGUUACCGGAAAAGGGACCGGAGGGUUACUUGGGAGAGGAUGGAUGCCCUUUUCAAGGGUCAUCAUAUCCUACACUGAGAUCGGCAAUGCGAUUAAAUCGGAGGGAUGGAUCGGGAUGAAAGGCAAGCCCGAGGACGGAGGGACCACAUUCUUUGGGGAAUAUAAGAACAGUGGGCCACGAUCAAAUAUGAAUGGUCGACCAAAGUUUGUAAGGAGACUGACUGGCCCAGAAGUUAAGCCAUUCCUCACACUUGGCUUCAUAGAGGCUUCAAAAUGGUUACUCCCCCCAACAACCAAAGUCUAAAUUAAAAUGAAUCUUAUUUA